CUUUAUUUUGUUUAUGUUUUUAAGAAGCACUUUUUUAAUGUGUUUUUUACAAUGUUUAUUAAAUGGUUUAUUAAACUAUGUUAGUAGAGCUACUUGUUAAACAAAACAAGAACUAAAGAAACAAAACAUUAAAUUAAAAAUUCCCACAAAUGAAAGUGUUUUCAGAACAAUUUUAUAGCCAAAGAAAAAACCGGCUAAAGUCUAGUUAAAAUUUUGGCAAUAAAAAAAAGAAAUUUAACAAAUUUUCUUAAUAUAAACUAAAAACAAAACAAUAUUUACUUUCAAUUAAACAAAAACCAACGAAUUAACAAGAACUUUAAAGAAGUGAAAAAUGUGGCUUAAUAAAUUUAUUAUAAUUUAUUUAAUACAAAUUCUAACAACAACAGCUGUUUUAAAUAAAAAUAAAGGAAAUUAUAAAACUUUACAAACGGGUACGUUUUAUUUAAACAGUGAACGUCCUUUGUGGAUAUUACAAGAUGAGAAAAGUGAUAAAGUGAUGUUUAAGCAAAUGGAAAUUAAAGAAAAACCUAUUUAUGAAAAUAUAAAACCAUUAUAUUACAACAAUAGAAUGACGAAAAAUUUACAAGAAAUAAAUAAUCAUGAAAUACAAAAAAGAAAUUAUAAAAAUUUUAAAACUAAAGCACAAAAACGUUUAAGUUAUUUUAACAAUUAUCAAGGAUUACAAUUACCGCGUAAUUAUAUACCUUUAAGGAAAUCCAGUGAUGCUAAUUUACAUGUUUCCUCGAGACGAUAUCAAAAUUCAAAAUUUAUACAAAAUUUACCAGUAUUUGAUGCUGUGCCGGGAGAAGAGGCCUAUACUCCUUCGAGACCUAUAUUUAUUUAUACCGGUAAUAAGGGACGCAUGUUGCUUAAUACUAUGUUAAGUAAACGUAAAUAUCCUAUGCAGGAACCAGUACCGGGGCAAGUACUCUAUCCACCACAGACGUUGAUGUUUAAACCUCAACCUUUAGUGGAAAAUUUCCAGCAAAAGAUAAAUGUUACCAUGAUACCUUUCUACGCUUAUGAGGCCAUAGAUCCUAGGCAACACAAUCUUGAUAAGAGCUCAACCUCCAGUUCUUCCUACUCUUAUUCCUCAUCCCCCUCCAACCCUUAUCAAGUUUCAAAAAAACUGAAAAAGCCUAAAAAAUACUCGGCCUUCUUUUCUCCUCAAGAAGUGCUUUCACAACCCAUAACCGAACUUUCUCAGUAUCAUUAUCAAAUAGAAUACACCACCAAUUCUCCCUUAACUCUAGAGAAACCUUAUGAUAAUCAUAGACUAAAUAAUGCUUCUCCCAUAACCACACCUUUAACUACUCCUUUGCCUCAUAAGAAAUUCGAAGUCACCUAUAAUGAUGGUGAGGAUAAGUUUCAAAUUACCUAUGAGGAUGAUACUCCUCAUCUAGAGCGUCCUCUUAAUAUACAAACUACACAAUUCACCACAACCCAAGCACCUCUGCCCUAUGAAAGCUAUAAUAUAGAUCAAAAUUAUUAUGCUUUUCCCCUCUACACCAUGUCUAAGCUAAUGGAAAAGGAGGAUAAGAAUCGAAAGCUACAAGAGACUAGAAAGCAGGAAGCUGAUGUUACCAUAGAACAACAGAGGAUUGAAAAGUAUAUAGAUUCCGCUUUAAAGGAAGAAAAUGAUAGUUUGCUUAACAAAUCAAAUGAAGAUACUUGGUUUAUAUUAAAUUCAAGAUAUAAAGGUCCUCUCAAGACAAAUGCCAAUAAUCUGCACUCCUCUAAAUAUAUACAAAGUUCUCCGGGAAAGUUACAGGAUUUACUUAAAAAAGAAAUUAAACCCAAGGAAACCACUAAACCUACAUUACAGCCACAAGGUAGAUCGUUAUAUGGGGAACAUAUCAAUUUUAUAUAAUUACUAGAUUUAAGCUAGAUAAAGAAUUACUUUAAGUACAAAGAAUAAUAAAUUGUAUAUAAAAUUAACUUAUACUAAGAAGAUAAAUUCAAAAUUUUUGGAAAUAAACUAAACGUUUCUCUCUCUCUCUUCGCUUAAUCAGGGCAACGAAAGCUUUUCUAAUUAGAAAUGAAAACUAAUUUGUCUUUCUUUUUAGACUUUUAUU